AUGUUGAUCGUCUGCGCAAGACCUAGCCAUUCAAGUACCAAUUCACGGACCAUUUUCAAAAUCUUCUUCGCUUUCUUCUGUGCCAUCACCUGCUGCGAUUUGCGCUGUGGUCCCCCUCACUUCAUUUUGACAAGCUCCAAUCAGAAUAUCUUCACGCUCAUGUCCAAGUUCUCCAAUGAAUGCACGGAGCAUCUUUUUUCCAAUGUAUUUUCCAGGAGCCCUCCCACUGGACACCUUCGUCCCUUUCUCCCUUUACCGGUGCCAGUUGUUGCUAUCCCCAAGGCGGAACCGGUGAGGCACAAGUAUCAAGUCGUUGUACUUUGA